AUGUCGGAGUCCGGGACUUCCCAGGCUACCGACAUUGAUGCAGGGCAGGUCGAUCAUCUCGUUCUCCAGCCGUCGAGCUCGGGCGAGAGCAUUCCCUCAGAGCUGCGUGAGACCGGCGAGAUCUUCAACGUCACCGAGAGGGACCUCAUCGAGGCCAAGAAAACCGCCGGAAGGUUCACGCUUGACGACACGAAGCGCUUUAUGGUGCAGGUUUAUAAACAGCAUUCUCGCGACCCCAACUUUCCCGUUCAAAUCAUCGAGAAAAUCCAGGAAUUCCUCCACAAUGAGCACGUCUUCAACAGCCCCGAGAAGCACGAACGGAUCAUCGAAGCGAUGAGCAUUCAGGCGGCCCUGAUAAUGAACAACUCGCCCUACGCAGAAGUGCGCUCCGUUGUCGACAACCAUGACGACCCGUCGUUGCCCGUAUCGACCAUCCGAGCCUGGGUCAUCGGAAGCUUCUUUGCGUGUUGCAUUUCCUUUGUCAACUCCUUUUUCGAUGUUCGUCUCCCGAGCAUCACUGUCAUAUCGACUGUUCCACAGCUCCUCGCCUACCCGAUGGGCAAAUUGUUCGAGCGCGUGCUCCCCGAUGUUGGCUUCACCUUGUUCGGCGUCCGCCAUAGCCUCAACCCGGGCCCGUUCAACAAGAAGGAGCACAUGCUCAUCACCAUCAUGUCGAAUGUGGCCAAGAGCGUGCCCUACACCAAUUACAUUGCCUGGAUCCAGAUACUUCCUCAGUUCUUCAACCAAACAUGGGCCGUCAGCGUUGGUUACCAAGUACUGAUUGCCUUGUCGACUAACUUCAUCGGCUAUGGCUUGGCUGGGAUUUGUCGCCGGUUCCUCGUGUACCCAGCAUACUGCGUCUGGCCAACGUCCCUGGUCACGAUUGCCCUCAAUUCCGCCUUCCACGACGCGUCGAGCGAGACAAUAAGAGUAACGGGCCCGUUCAGGUCCAUCUGGAAGAUAUCGCGCCUGAAGUACUUUUGCUGCGCCUUUGGCCUCAUGUUCGUGUACUUCUGGUUCCCCAACUACAUCUUUGGCGCCUUGAGCUUCUUCAGCUGGAUCUCCUGGAUCGCGCCAACCAACACCAACCUCGCCAACAUUACUGGAAGCUCCACCGGACUCGGACUGAACCCAUUUUCGAGUUUUGACUGGAACAUGUGGACGUUCAACCUCGACCCACUCAUGGUGCCCUUCUUUUCAACCUUCAACGCGUUCCUCGGCAUGUUCUUCUCCAUGUUUAUCAUCAUCGGCGUUUACUACACCAACGCGUUCAACACGGCCUAUCUCCCGAUUAACUCGAACCGCUCGUUCGACCACUUCGGCCAACUCUACAACGUUAGCUCGAUCAUUGAUGAAAAUGGAAUCUUUGACGGCAAGAAAUACGAAGCCUAUUCGCCUCCGUUCCUCUCCGCCGGCAACAUCGUCGUGUACAUGUUCUUCUUCGCCGUGUACUCGGCCACCGUUACGUACGGCAUCCUCCAUCACCGUCAUGAGAUCAUGUUGGGGUUUCGCGACGUUUGGAGAACCAUGAAAAAAACGCGUGCGAGACUUGGGCGAUCGGACAGCUCGACGGACGAUGCCAGUACGUCCAACGCUACCGAGGACGUGAACCUUCUCGAUGUGCACAACCGUUUGAUGGGUGUUUACCCGGAAGUGCCGGAGCUGUGGUACAUGAUUUGCUUGGCCAUCGCCAUCGCGCUCGGGAUGGUGGGCAUUGCCGUGUGGCCGACCAACACGACGCCCUUUGUCGUGCUGUACGGGGUCGCUCUGUGCCUCGUCUUUGUAGUGCCCGUUGGCAUCAUCUCCGCCAUGACCGGUGUCCAGGUCACGCUGAACGUGCUCGCCGAGUUCAUCGGCGGCAUUUGGGUCGAAGGUAAUGCCGUUGCUUUGUGCUUCUUCAAGACCUACGGCUAUGUCACCUGCGCCCACGCGAUAUCCUUCAGCGCCGACUUGAAGCUGGCACAUUACCUCAAGAUCCCGCCGCGCUUCACCUUUUGGGCGCAGAUGGUCCCCAUGCUGGUGUCAACCCUGAUCAGCAUCGCCGUGCUGCAAUACCAGGUCCACAUCGAGAACAUUUGCACCCGCCACGCGCCAUUUCGGUUCACCUGCCCGGGCCCCAAUACCUUUUUCACGGCAGCCGUCUUCUGGGGUACUGUAGGCCCCCGCAAGAUCUGGGGCGCCGGUGGACAGUAUGCCGUCACGCUACUCGGUUUCCCGUUCGGGGUAGCCCUCGUUGCCUUCUUCUACAUGUUGGGCAGAAAAUGGCCCAAGAACCCAAUCAUCCGGAACGCACACCCGGUCGUCAUGAUCAGCGGGGCCCUGGCCUGGGCGCCUUACAACCUGGCCUACUUGUGGCCGGCCGUCCCCGUCGCGGCGUUUUCGUGGCUGUACCUGAAGAAGCGGUAUUUGGGGUUGUGGUCCAAGAUCUUCGAGAUUGAGUUGGAGUGGUGGGGGAACACGGUCGUUGGCGAGGGAUGUGAUGGGAGUGGCGAUUGUGUGUUGAAGGUGCUCCCAGAUGGGGACGACGACAGUCGCGUUCCCUAUGCGCAACUCGCAGGGAGGAUGCAACCGCAGCUACUCAAGGCGCUCGAUAACCAUGGCUUCACAUACAUGACGCCCGUUCAAGAAAAGGUCCUCCAGCUGCCCAGUUUCACUCAGGACUGCCUUGUGCAGGCCAAGACAGGCACCGGCAAGACGCUCGCCUUUCUACUGCCCGCACUGCAGACUCUACUUACUGCUACGGACCUGGACAGGUCGUCCGUCGGCCUCCUGGUGCUGGCUCCGACCCGUGAGCUGGCCCAGCAGAUCAACGACGAAUGCGACAAGCUGACCAGCGCCUGCGACCCGCCCAUGGAAUGCCACAUCGCUGUCGGCGGGAGCAAACGCCAGACGCACAUGAACAAGUUUCUGAAGGGCAAACCCACCAUUCUGGUUGCCACUCCCGGCCGCCUGAUCGACUACCUCACCGAGGAUGCCGCGCGCAAGAAGCUGACCAAGAUUCGCUGCGUCGUGCUCGACGAGGCCGACCGCAUGCUUGACGCCGGCUUCGCGCCCGCGCUGCGCCAGAUCCUCGAGCAGAUCCCGCCCAAGGCCAAAGGGGGCUGGCAGGGCAUGUGCUUCAGCGCGACCGUGCCCACGGAGAUCCAGAAGAUGCUGCCCAUGGUGCUGGCCAAGGACCACGUGCGCCUCUCCACCAUUGACGCGAACGAGCCGCCCACGGUCGAGACCGUCCCGCAGACGGUCUACCCGGUUGAGUCGGUCGACGACAUCCUGCCCACCGUGCACUCGGUGCUGGCGUGUGCGCGCGCCGACAACCCGGCCCUCAAAGCCAUCGUCUUUUGCCCGACGGCGCGCCACGCCGCGCUGCUGUACCACAUAUUCGGCCACUCUGGGGGCGCCGCACCCCCCAAGCUGCCCGUGUUCCAGAUGCAGUCGCGCAUGUCGCAGACGCAGCGUACGCGCACGGUCGAGCAGUUCAAGGAGACGGACCGCGGGAUCAUGUUCGCGUCCGACGUGGUCGGCCGCGGCAUGGACUUCCCCGACAUCAACCUGGUCGUGCAGAUCGGCGUGCCCAGCGAGAAGGAGCAGUACGUCCACCGCGUCGGCAGGACGGGACGCGCCGGCAAGGCCGGCGAGGCCGUCAUGAUCAGCGCCCCCGAGGAGAUGUGGUUCGUCCGCUCCAACCCGGACUUCCCCAUCAAGAACGACGGUCCUUUCACCCACCCCAAAGCCGCCAAUUACGCCUCCACCGAGAUCAUCAAGGCCGCGCUCGCCAAGGUCCCGACGCAGGUCAAGGAGCAGGCCUACAUCGGCAACCUGGGCUUCGUCAAGUCGCUCAUGCGCCGCUACUCGCUGCAGGCCGCCGGCGUCGUCGAGCUGGCCAACCGCUUCGCCGUCGCCUUCGGCUGCGACGACAUCCCCGUGCUCAGCCCCAUGCUGGUCGGCAAGAUGGGCCUCAAGGGCGUGCCGGGCCUGUUUGUCGAGGGCAAGGGUGAGAUCCGGGGUGGGCCGCCUGGUUCGUCGGGCAACGCUGCUGUUACUCCGGGUCGGAGGGAGGCGGGUCGGGGUAGGGGUGGAGGACGUGGCGGGGGUGGAAUGAGGAAUGGUGGUGGUGAGAGGAACGGUGGCGAUCGGUUUGGUGGCGGCGAUAGGAAUGGUGGUGAGAACAAUGGUGGCGACAGGUUUGGUGGUGGUGAGAGGGAUGGUGAGGCUGGCUUUGGCGGGGAGAGACCUGUUCGUGGCGGCGGCAGGGGUGGGAGAGGUGGCAGGGGCGGCAGGGGACGCGGCGGCGGCGGUCCCGAUGGGCGCAGACGACAAUCCCAGUGGGGUGGCGAGGAUUCGGGCAACAAGAGUGAGGAACCCAGCCGGAAGAGGCCGAGGUGGUGA